GCAGAAUUUAAGUGGGCGCUAAGGCGCCACCGAGCCCGGAAGUUAAGAUGCUGCCCGAUGUGCGGCUGUGAGCGAUGGUCAGAUUUUUGAGCUUGGUGCAUAGAGCCUGGACCGCCGCGUAUAACCCGGGCUCGGGCGGGCACAGCAUGUACUAUGCCGUGAAGAGGGGCCGCAAGGCCGGGGUCUACCGGACCUGGAAUGAAUGUAGAGCCCAAGUGGACCGAUUUCCUGCUGCCAGAUUUAAGAAGUUUGCCACAGAGGAAGAGGCCUGGACCUUUGUCAGAAACUCUGUAAACCCUGAUGAUUCAGAAGGGCAGAAAAAUGGACUUGUACAAGAACCACAAGUAAAAGCAAACAAGCGACUCCGUGAGCCCUUGGAGGAAGAUGAAUAUGAAAAUACAGAGCCCUGUGUGAAAUACGUAAAGCAGAACACAGAGUCAAUACCUUCAGUUAGCAAAGACACAUUUUCAUAUAUGGGAGAUUUUGUUGUUGUCUAUACUGAUGGCUGCUGCUGCAGUAAUGGGCGCAGGAAGGCUCGAGCAGGAAUUGGUGUGUACUGGGGACCUGGCCAUCCUUUAAAUUUAAGCACUAGACUUCCUGGGCGACAGACAAACCAAAGAGCAGAAAUUCAUGCAGCCUGCAAAGCCAUCGAACAAGCAAAGGCUCAAAACAUCAAUAAGCUGGUUCUCUAUACGGACAGUAUGUUUACCAUAAAUGGUAUCACCAGUUGGGUUCAAAAUUGGAAGAAAAAUGGAUGGAGAACUAGCAUAGGGAAAGAUGUGAUCAACAAAGAUGACUUUGUGCAGCUGGAGAAACUUACCCAGGACAUGGACAUUCAGUGGAUGCACAUUCCUGGUCAUUCGGGAUUUAGAGGCAAUGAAGAAGCGGACAGAUUAGCAAGAGAAGGGGCUAAGCAAUCUGAAAACUGAAUGAAGUCACUUUAACUCUUGGAAAAUUUUGAGGCUGUGACUAUUUUGCCUUUACUUACUGGUAUGAAAAUACAAAGAUGGACCAGUGAGCAGAUGUACUAACAAACCCUCACACUGAGUCAGAAAGGCAAAGUAGCAUUCUGUGCUAUCAUGUAAUAAAAUAUGAUUGAAUGUAUACAUUGAGCGUCCUUUAAAACAUGAGGAUCCUUUUAAUUUACAGUGUGAUUUAUUAGGCUUAAUACUGUUCUCACUAGUUUUACUCUAGUCUGGACAAAUAUUUUCAGAUUUUGGUUUAAUAAGGGAUGAGUAAACACUUGGUUAAAAAUUGCAGACAUGCAAUCCAGAAAUAUCCAGAAAGAGUUUGUUUGCCUUCUACUUGUGAGAACUGAAUCUUGUAAUCUUGUGAUAUGGACUUUUCUCUAAAAGGUGCACUGCUCAGCUGGGAGCCACAGCUCAACAAAGAUAAUGCAGGCAUGUUCUCAGCUGGCUGGACACAGGUAUAGGGCCAGCCUGUGCCCUGGCAACUUGAUCAUUACAUAGCAGCAGCGACAACUUUUAAACAAUAAAAUGUCUAGAUUUAAUUUUUUUUCUUUGACUGUUUUUGUUUGAAAACGUGACACAGUGCUCACUUCAGCAGUACAUACACUGAAAUUGGGAUGAUACAAUGAAGAUUGAUAGGGCUUCUGUGCAAGGAUAUGACACAAAUUUGUGAAGCCUUUUGAAAUGAAAUGUAUGACAGGUUAUUUCAAGUUAGGAGUAUCCAUUGCUGCAGGGUUGGUUGUCACCUCCAGGCUUUUUCAAUGGAUAUUUAUAUAAACUUUUAUUGUAUUGCACCAAAGUAAAGGACUCUGGGGGGAGGUGGGGAGAGUGUUCAGGUCCUAGAACUUGAUGGUAGAGGAGGACCUAGGUGGGGGGUUAGAGUGUUAAGUGGAAAACUGAGAAAUGUUACAUAUGUACAAACUACUGUAGUUUACUGUUGACUGUAAACCAUUAAUCCCCCAAUAAAGGAAAAAGAAGUUACAUUUAUGUACACAUAUACUAUGAAAGAUUAAAUAUUUUGAUACUCCUAAUACAAACUCAGGACUGCAGGUUAUGUUACCUCUUCUUUGUUAAUUAAUCUCUCUUUCUCUCCCUACAUUGAGGAUUCUGUUCUCAGCAAAAACAUAGCAUAGUGGAAUAGAAUAUCCCUUAAUUACUUGCUUGAUUAUUCCACUUUGACAUACAACAUAUGUAUAUUAAUGUUAGUAAUGUACUUAGAAUGAAAAUAGUACUGUGUUAACAUUGUCAAUUAUUCCUCAACAGAAUCUCUCUUAUUUUCACCUAGAAUUAGCUCUGAGAAUUUACUGCUUACAACCAGUCUGUAUUUCAUUAUUAUCUGGCUAGCCAUGCUUUUUAUGUUGAAAUUAGUUUGUAUCCUUCAUUCUAGAAGAUUAGUUGUGCAGGAUAUGGAAGCCUUAGCUCACACUCUUUCCUUGACUUUUUUUUUUUUUUUUAAGAUUUUACUUAUUUAUUCAUGAGAAAUGAUAGGACAGAGAAAAACCCAGAAAUCACUGUGGUCCAUGUGCUGCUGGGGAUUGAACUUGGGACCUUAUGCUUGAGAGUCCAAAGCCUUAUCCACUGCACCACCUCCCAGACCUCUACUCCUUAACUGUUUAAAACAUUCUUUUUUUUUUUUUUAAUUUAUUUUCCCUUUUGUUGCUCUUACUGUUGUUAUUGAUGUCAUUGUUGUUAAAUAGGACAGAGAGUAAUGGAGAGAGGAGGGGAAGACAGAGAGGUAGAGAGAAAGACAGACACCUGCAGACCUGCUUUACUGCCUGUGAAGUGAUUCCCCUGCAGGUAGGGAGCUGGGGGCUCAAACCGGAUCCUUGAGCUUUUGCGCCAUGUACACUUAACCUGUUGCGCUACCACCCGACUUCUUGUUUAAAAUGUUUUAUUCUAGCAUAAAGCAUUACAGAAAAGGCCUUUUUUUCCCCCCUUAUGAGUCCUAGGCUCUUUUUCUUAAGGUGUUCAAAAGUCUUUAUCUACUUUGUCUUUAUUUUUUUAAUGAGAAAGACCAGAGCACUGCUCUGCUCUAGCUGAAUGGUGGUGCUGAAGAAUGAACCUGGUAUCUCACAGUUUCAGGCACAAAAGUCUUUUUGCAUAACCAUUAUGCUGUCUCCCCUGCACCUCCCAAGUCUUCCUUUUUUCUCAAGUUAGUAAUUUUAGAAUAUAUUGUGUGCUUCACAGGCGGUGAAGCAGGUCUGCAAGUGUCUCUCUUCCUCUCUAUCUCCCCCUUCUCUCUCAAUUUCUCUCUGUCUCUAUCCAAUAACAAAUAAAAAAAAUUAUAUGUUGAUUGCCCUGGAUCAGUAGUUUGCAUGUAUAUGGUAUAUUUCUACAAAUGUUUUAAAACUUUCAGUGAGGUUUCUUGAAAUAUGACCUGAUGUUUUAUUUUUGUUUGUUUUUGAUGCAUUUAUUUACUAGAAAGAAUUACAGCAUCACUCUGGUAUAUGUAAUGCCAGGAAUCACAUUUGGAACCUCAUGCUUGGGAGUUCAGUGCUUUAAUCCACCUAUUGGGCUGUGUGUUCUAUUUUUCUUAUUUUGAUUUCUUUGGGAGAGGGGGGACUUCUGUUAUUUGUAUGUUGAAAUUUUAUUUGAUUUGACCAUCCUUAAUCCUUGUUGCUUCAUCUUGAAAUUCUUAAUUUCUUAUAUGUCUUUUUACAUGUUCUUACCCUUCCUGUCUUGAUUUACUGUUGUCUAAAAUAAAACUUUUCUUGCCUUUUGGA